AUGGCCACAAAAGCCCAGUAUCAUGUUCAGUCAAUCAGCUUGCCCUCUAGGCCACACCCUCUCAUUCCUGAAUUUGAUGAGCGUUUGUGCAGAUUAAGAGCUUCUCAAGCCAUCUCUUCAUCAUUAUCAAUAAGCCACAAAUUGAGUGGCCUUAAAGAUCUACAUGAUUGUGUAGAUGACUUGCUUCUGUUACCGCUUACUCAACAGACCUUAGCCCAACACCGCCAUGAGAAAUGUGUUGAUGAGCUGUUGGAUGGUUCUCUUAAGCUGUUGGAUGUGUGUGGCACUCCUAAGGAUGCCUUGUUACAGACAAGGGAACAUGCACAAGAACUUCAAUCAAGUCUGCGAAGAAGGAAGAAGGUAAAGAAGGCACUGCACAAGGCCCUAAGGAAUGUGACGGGCAUGGAGAACAAGUGCAGUUUCUCUCCCUUGAACAAAGACCCUGAAACUAUCUCCUUGGUUUGCAUGUUAAAAGAGGUGGGAACAGUCACUCUUACAGUGCUUGAAUCUUUGUUGUCCUCAAUAGCAGGGGCAGCAGCAAGAUCUAAACCAGGUAGCUGGUCUUUGGUCUCAAAACUGAUCCACCACAAGUGUAUGGCUUGCGAGGAAACAGAAAAAUAUCUUAGUGAAUUUGAAAAGGUGGAUAGUUCAUUGUGCACACUCAUUGGCCACAAGACCAAAUCUGUUAACCAGAUGCCUGUUGAUAAUGUACAAAAUGUAUUAGAAAAAUUGGAAUCAAGUAUUGAAGAUCUUGAAGAAAGGAUAGAGUUCCUAUCAAGGCAUUUAAUCAAAACUAGGGUGUCUCUCCUCAACAUCCUCAACCACUAG